AUGGCGGACGCGCGGCAAGUGCACCAGUACCUGGCCGCCGUCCUCUCGCACCGCGGCCCGGGGGAGCUGCCCUACGCGGAGGACGACCGGUGGCUGAUCCGCCACCACCUGGCAUCCCUCUCCGAGAUCUUCCCCUCCCUCCGCCCCUCCGCCUCCGCCUUCACCUACAACGACGGCCGCACCGCCACCCUCCUCCACGCCGAGGGCUCCAUCCGCACCUCCCCCGGACGCCGCCUCCCGGCCUCCAUCUGGCUCCUCGAGGCCUACCCCCACGUCCCUCCCGCCGUCUUCCUCCGCCCCGCCCGCGGCACGCUUAUAAUGCCCGGCCACCCCCACGUCGACUCCUCCGGCGCCGUCGACGCCCCCUACCUGCGCUCCUGGCGCUUCCCCAAAUCCAACCUCGCCGACCUCGUCCACUCCCUCUCCCUCCUCUUCAACCUCGAAAACCCCCUCUACACAGGCACCGAGCCCAAGAAGGAGCCGGCGGAGAUGAAACGGGUGUCGGAGAAGGUGCAGCGGGACCUCGCCGGGCUGGCGAGGAUCCGGGAGGCGGAGAUGGAGGGAUUUCUUGGAGUCCAGGCCGAGUUGAAGCGAAGGAAAGAAGCGAUCAUCCGUGGAAUGAGGGAAUUGGAGGAAGAGAGGGAGAAUCUGGAGCAGGAACUUCAGAUUAUUCUAACGAACACCGAUGUGAUGGAGAGUUGGGUGCGGGAGACCAGCGGGAAGAACGGGAGGAGGAGAUGGAAGACCAGGGAAGUUAACGUGGAUGACGUAUUUGAGCCGUAUGAUGAGAAAUCGAGGCAGAUGAUGGAAUGCUCGGCCAUGGACCUGGCGCUGGACGACACCAUCUAUGCGUUGGACCGGGCGGUGACCGAGGGGUGCGUGCCUUUCGACGUGUACUUGAAGAACGUGAGGGCAUUGUCACGUGACCAGUUCUUCCACCGGAGCACGGCAGUUAAGGUUCAAAGCAAGGCAGGGAGGAUGCCACGUCACGCUACAUAG